AUGGCCAGGUGGUUAAUUGUCGGCAUCGGUGGUGCAACUUGUAGUGGCAAGACGACCUUAUCAAAAAAACUCCACGAAUUUUUUAAAAACAGCCGAUUAAUUAAUCAAGACUCUUAUUUUCUUCCUGAAGAUGAUCCGAGACACGUUCAUAUUCCUAAAUUGAACCAUCACAACUGGGAUAUUCUUACCAGCUUGGAUACGAGUCGGAUGUACGCAGAUGUGUUGAAAAUCCUGUCUGGAUCCAACAGAUCAUUAAGUGGAGCUAAUACUAAUAGCUUGAAUAUUAAUAAAAAAAUUGAAGAUACACGUGUGCUAAUACUCGACGGGUUUUUGAUAUUUAACGAUAAGCCUAUCGCCGAGUUAUGUAAUCUCAAAUAUUUUUUAACACUAACUAAACAGCAGUGUUGGGAACGGAGGCAGCAAAGAGUUUACGAUCCACCAGACGUCCCUGGAUACUUUGAUAAAGUUAUUUGGCCGGAGUAUGAAAAACAUCUUGAAGAGAUUAAGCGUGAGAAGAAAAUUAAUUUCAUUGACGAGACGUUUCUCUCGUCAAUUUUUUUGCUUCAGAUGUAUUAA